UUUCCGCCAGUCAAUGGCUAGUUUUUUGCGGUAUCGGUGUCUCCGAGGGGUGUUGGUUUCAUCGCUUAUAUUCGAUCCGAUUGCGCGCUUAUGCGUGGAGCUUUCGCUGGUAUUCUCCUCGCGAACGGGAGAUCGUCAAGACGGAGGAUGGAACGCUGGACCGGGAAGGUGGCCGUCGUAACCGGGGCGAGCGCCGGCAUCGGGGCCUCCAUCGUUCGCCAACUGCUCGACAACGGGCUGGUGGUGGUAGGCCUUGCCAGAAGAGCGGAGAAGAUCAAGGACCUAGCCAGGACCCCGGAGGAGGCCAAGGAGAAGCUCCACGCCGUCGAGUGCGACGUCACGAAGGAGGACCAAGUCGUUUGCGCCUUCUCCUGGGUGAGGGAACACCUCGGCACGGUCGACGUCCUCGUGAACAACGCCGGACUCGCUAAGGAAACUUCUCUUAGUGACGGAGACCUGGAGGACUGGCGCGCCGUCUUCGACGUCAACGUCUUCGGCUUGUGCCUGUGCACUCGCGAGGCCGUCAGGGCGAUGCGAGAGCGUAACGAGGGAUUAGUCGUGAAUAUUAACAGCUUCGCCGGGGAACGAGUGCCCGCGAUUCCUGGUUUUGGCGUUUAUCCAGCCUCGAAAAGAGCCACGACGGGGCUGAUCCAAACGCUUCGCCAUGAACUCCUCGGCACGGAGAUACGGAUCACGAGCAUCUCUCCGGGCCUGGUGGCAACGGAGCUCAUGGCUAAGUACUCGACGUUCUCCGAAGAGGCCAUGGCAGCCACGCCGGUUCUGUUGCCCCAGGAUGUCGCGGCAGCGAUUUCAUACGUUUUAUCAACGCCACCACACGUCCUGGUGCAAGAAAUUACUCUUCGCCCCGUAGGCGAGACCUGGUGAACGGAUUGGAUCCUCCGCUGCAGCGUUGAUCGUUUCUAAAAGGUCUAACGAUAUCGCAUUUUCUCGGUGACGGAAUGUAUCGACCAAUAAACCAUAUGAAACCUGUCGCUAUUAAAUCCGUCUAUGCCUG